AAGAGAGAGGAAAUUUUUCAUUGGCUGAAACUACAACAUUAUAACAUCAUACUAUUACAAGAAACAUAUUCUAUAGAGAGUGAUGAAAAGAAAUGUUCGACAGAAUGGUCAGGCUCUUGUUACUUUUCAAACUACAGAAAUAAUAGUGCAGGAGUGGCCAUUUUAUUCCAAAACAUACCAAUAGCAAGUAUAGAAAUCAAAAAAGAAAUAGCUGGAAGAUAUUUAUGUCUUAAUAUUAUGAUAGAAAAUAGAUAUUUUAUAAUUUCACAUAUAUAUGCACCUAAUCAUGAUAGCCCAGAAUUUUUCCAGGAUAUUUUUGAAACAUUGUUUAGGGACACUGAAUGCCCAGUUUUAUUAGGGGGAGACUUUAACCUUGUUAUGGACCUA